AUGGGGAGCUCUGCAGUCCUUACUACACUUCUGUUUCUGUGGGCCCUGGCUGCACACUGCAGCGCUGACGGUCAGCCGACACCGAGCGAUGCCGGCAGCUGGGGAGACUAUCUGUGUGACGCCCCCUGGCGACUCAUCAACGACACUGUACACGCCAUGAAGGACAUCGAACCCGACCCCGACUUCAUCAUCUGGACAGGGGACGACACUCCCCACAUCUAUAACGAUAAGAUGAACACAGACGUGGUGCUGACUAUCAUAGGAAACCUGACAGACCUCCUUCGAACCGUCUUCCCAAACACACAGGUGUACCCGGUGUUCGGUAACCAUGACUACCAUCCCAAACACCAGAUGCCGCCCGAGCCCAACACUGUGUACAACACCACCUGGAGCAUGUGGAACGUGCCAAACUGGCUGUCAGAUGAUGUCAUGAACACCUUCGUUAACGGUAUACACACACACACACACACACACACACACACACACACACACACACACACACACAGGUUCUCCACUGUGGGGACGCGAGUACAGCCUCAGGGGAACCUUCAACCUGUCCGACGCCUCGCCGGCAUCACUUCAGAACUCCUGGACAGCUUCAGCGACCGUUCAUCCGACAACUUCGAGAAGUACUACCUGUACAACUCCGUUAGCCUCGACCGGUCUACGUGUGACGAGGACUGCAAAGUGGCACAACUGUGUGCCAUCAAGGAAGUCGACUAUGACAAGUAUGCAGACUGUACGAACGCACCCGGGAGUGGUGCAGAUACUGUCUCUACGCUAACCAGCUUUGGAAUGUUCCUUCUUUUUGUCAUGGCAGCUUUUGGUCUUUCUGCCUGACAGCAACAUUACCGUUCAGGCAUGCUGUAAUGAUGUGCAAAGAAUUAUCAAAUGUGCUCCAGGAAAGCAACUAAGGAAGGUUGCUGUUAGAUGCUUAUGCUUCAUGGUUUUUAAUUUUUUAAUCUUACAAAAGCUUGAAAUAAAUUCACUGAUAUCAAAAGUGAAAGAAAUGGAAUGUAUUUAGCUUGAAAUAACUUUGGGCUAGGAUUGGUAUGUUUAAAGCUUUUGCUACUGUGAAAGAUCUUGGUGAAAACAAUGCGUACAGUGAAGUUUUUGUUGUUGUUGCAAAUGCUGGAGUUAGACCAAGACACAAAAGAAAUAAGGAUUACUUUCAGUAUGAUAAUCAUGAAUAAAUGUUACUCUUGAC